AGGUUCGACGAAGAGCUCGUAUCCCGCGACAACUGCUGGCGAAAGGAAGACUCUCAAGUGUCGUCAUGGCGCCCAUCAGCUUGCUACUCCUUCCGACCCUGCUCGCGGUUCGCAGCGUGGAGGCCGCAUCGAAGAAAGUCCUCGUCAACGUCUGGAACCACGAAUACGACUGCUCCGGCAUCGCGGACAAGGUCAAGGAAGUCAAUUUGGACCACUGCAGCAAGAAGGACGUCUAUGGCCGUUCCGUGCUCCUUCGCGCCCCGGCCAAACCGGAGAACUACGACAGCUGGUCCGCCGACGCGGAUCACGACUAUUUUGUCUCGCUCUACACUGACAAGAAGUGCAAGCACUUCCUUGCCAAUAUCACUGUCCCGUCCGGCCUCGAGAAGUGCUGGUGUAUUCCUGCUGGACACUUUGCUCGCGGGUUCAAGUUCCGCUCCGAGAAACGCGAGACUUCCAGCACAACGGUUGCGGCUCAAGCAGCUUCGACCACAUCUAAGCAGCACAAAUACACGUCCAUCCGGUCCCCAGUCAAGAGCUCCACCACGGUGACUGCUCCUGUAAGGAGCACUACGAAGAUGGUCGCCCAAGCCCGCAGCAAUAUCACCUUCACCACCCAAGUAACGCACCACACAACAGUCGUGCCUCCAGUCGUGAGCGACACUCCAGUUAUUCGCUCGAAUGUGACGGAGAUUGUGGUUCCAGCUGUGGUCAACCAGACUGUCAUGGAAAUGGCGAAGUUGACAGCAAUCCUGAGCCACAUUACUGUUGUAGACGACACUGUCGCCUCUGUCACGGUUUGGGAUGAGGCAGCGGGGCCGGGCAGCACCUUGCAAGCUGUCGUGAGCGACAUUACCGUUGUGGAGAAUACUGUCAUCCCCGUCACGGUUUGGGAAGUACCGGAAACCACGAUCACCGUCGGGAAGGCGGCUCGGCCCUCAGAGCGAGCUGAAAUACCUGCGGAACCCAUGGUUGAAUCCCGCGCCGCCUUCAAGAAGUAUGAAGUCAGCUACUUGUGGUACAAUCACCCUUGGGAGAUGACCCCUGUGUGCUUCAAGUGCUGGCUUGAAGACGAGCAUGGCCGGGAAUUCGAAUGCGAAGCUUCCCGCAAGACCAACGGUCUUUGUGGAGAGUUGCCAUUCGAACCCCCAACGACCACUGCCGUCGCGGUCGCUAGUUCAACAGUGACGAAGACUCAAUACUACGUCCCAGUGGUCACAGUCACUUCCUCCGCCGCUGGCAACAAGCUUGAAGCACGCACUACCCACAAGAAGCGCGUUACACUGACGCAUCCCCACAUUGCGGACGAAGUCGUCUGCGCCAAAGCCAAGUGGAAACAUGCAGGCGAGGAAAAUGCCAAAAUAGAGAUUGAGGGCCCGAAGGAUUGCAGAGGCACCGAGGAGUACAUCGCCAGCGUUUAAACAGGCGGCCAGCCCAACCCCACCUCCCAGCACUCUCAAGGCUCGUCGCUUUCAGAAAUCCGACGGCGUGAUUAGUGCUUCAUGAUGGCAUUAUCGUUGUUGUUAUCAAGGGAAUUAUUAUGCUGGCCUGGGGAUUGUCGACCGACUAGCUUGCGGUAUUGCCCGUCGUUCUGUGCGGCUUCUGGCUGCCUACUCUGGGUUGGAACGCCUGUAUACUUAUCGUUCGGUUUUGUUAUUCUCCUUCUGCCCUUCUUUUGCCCGUAAAUGGUAAGGCGUAACAUGGUUUAAUGGAAACAUUGUUCGCAUUCU